UUAACUAAUAUAACUAUUUAGUUUAGAAAACUUGCUGGACAUACAUAAAUAAAUACACACAUAUAAUAAAUAAAUAGCUAAAUAAUUUAGGGUUUGAAUAAACAAAUGGCUUCAAUAAUAGCUCAAUCUCCAAGAGCUUUGAAUUAAAAUUAUAUGGCAUAACAAUAAGCUAGCAAUGUGCAAAGCUCUUCCAAUUCUAUGUAAAGGAUACCAAGUGCCGCGAGAGAACCUACAACUCCGAUGUAGCAAAUUCAAAAAGACAUAUCAAAUUAAUCUAAUAGUUAAUAAUAAAACUCAAAUAAUUAAAAUGGAAGCACUCAAUAGUAGCAAAGGAUCAUAAAAAAUAAUGUCUCUUAUGGAAAAGGGAGCAAAAAUUCUGAUAAUAAUAAACUUUUAAACAAACAAAAGGAAGAAAAGAUUUAUAAUGAAAAAGAGAAACAAUUGUUUGAAUAAUUCCAUGAGUACAAAAACAUUAAAACCUAUUUUGAGUCUUAGAAUUUUCAAGUAGAGGAUAAUAAUCUGAAAAGGGAAAUGGAUCGAUUAAUAGAACAUAAUAACAAGAAGUUUAAUGAACUUAAGAUUUUAAAAGAAAGAGAAAAAUAGUUAAAUGAAUAAAAUGAGCUUGACGUUAGUAAUUCAACUUUACAAAAAAGCUUUUUUACAAUGAGUAGAAUGAAUCAAUCUUCUAAUUAUCCUGAUCAAGAAUAACUAGUUUAUAUUAAUUCUAUAUAUAAGAUGAAAAAAAGCUUAAACAGCAGCAUGCUUUCACUUAGAUAAUCCAUGAAUCCUUCGCUCAUUUUUGAAGCUGUAGAACAACUUGUAUAAAACCAGUAAAAAGUAAAAGAUAUGACAGAAGUACAGGUUGACAUAAUGGGUCAACUAGAGUAAAAAGUUGAAGAAAUCAAAGUGUGCAUCGAUAAAAUUUAAAAAGAGAGAAAUCAGAUUAUUGAUAUGAAUUAGCUAUUUGAUAAAAAAUUCAGAAAUUUAGAACUUAGAGAGAUAAAUGCUUAAAAAAAGAAUGAAGAAGCUGAAGUAAUUACCUCAACAUACAAUAAAGAUUUGUAAGACACAUAUUAUAGGAGUUAAAUGGCUCUAUAAGAAAAGUAAUCAGAGAAAAGUGAUAUUUAUAACGAAAUAAAGCACUUGAAACAUGAAAUUACAGUUUGUUUAGUAGAAAUUGAUAAAAAAAAAGUAAUAAAAGAAUAACAGUUAAAAGAUAUUUAAAAACUUGAAUAAAAGGAAUCAGAUUUAAUAUAGUAGUUAAAUGAAUCUAAAUACAUUAUUAAUUACAUAGAUUGUAUUGAAAAAUUAGAAAAAAUUUUUCUACUAGGAAAUAAUGAGGAUGAAGAAAUCCAAAAUUAUAUUAAAUUUGAAACUCAUCCUACCUUUAUGAGCAUUUCUCCUUAAAAAUAAAAUCAAGAUGAAGAGAAUCAGCAAUCACCAAAUAAAAAUAAUGAAAAAAAUGAAGAAGGAACUUCAAAUUAAAAAGAGACCUCACAUAAUAAUUAAAAUGAGUUUGAAAAAACUCAUGGAUAAAGUUUUAAUGAAAGUUCAAGAAAAACCACUUUAAAAUCUAACAACAAUGAAUUAGAUUAAAAUAGAAAUUUACUUGUAGAAAGACUCAAUUAAUUUUAUGAAAAACACCAGCAAGGCCCUUUUGACAUUAUUGAAAAACUCAAAUUUAAAUUAGAAAGUCUAAAGGUUUUAUCUUAGAGUCUCCAUAAGCGUUAUUAAGAAUUAAUCAAUCUUUAGUAAGAAAGAUAACUUUAAUUGAAGCAUAUUGAUGAUGAAAUAUAAAUUUGUUAAACUUAAGAAAAUUUAAUCAUUACCCAAAAAAAUUGUAAAGAUAAAACAGAAGAUGUUGCUCCACCAGAGGAUUAUGAAAAUUACUAAGAGUGGAUGAGAAGCAAUUUGCUUCCUAGUAUAUAAACACAUUCUAAGAAACAUAACAACACAAUAAAAGAAAUACAUUCAGGCAGCAAUAUUGGAGAAGACGAAGAAGAGUAAGACAGUUAUUGUGAAGAUGAAGGAUAAAAUUCUUUAGGGAAUAUCCAAAGUUCUUAAUAUUCAAUUACCAAUUAAGAUAGAAAUUUUAGUUCUUAAAUAGAAAGUCAUUAAAAAUAGGAAACUCAUACUCAUGUUUAAAGGCAUACAGAAGACUCUUAAAACUAAAAUUAGGCAAAUUUAGAAAAGGAUAAUAUACAUCAUACAUAAAACGAUGAAAAAUAUAACCAAACUUAAGACGAAAAUUCUUAAAAAUUCUAAAAAUAAUAAAACCAUCAAAAUAGUGAAAAUAAAUUAAAUGAUAAUCAAAAUCUUUCAUAAAAUGUCAUAGAAAAUGACCAAGAAGAAGUAGAAGAUAAUAAUGAUGAAACUAAAGUUUAAAAUCAAUAAAAUGAUUAUGAAAACGAAGAAAAAAGUGAAGGAGAUAAGGAAAAUUAAAAUGAAGAGAUUUUAGCAAAUAAGCAUAUUUAAAAUCUCGAAGAAGAAUAAGCUUAUUAAAAAAAAAUGAGCUAAGUAUAAGAAAAUGAAGAGUAAUAUGCAAAUAAUAAUAAUAAUUUAGGUUAAUAAAACCAAGAAAUUAAUUAAUAGGAAGAUUAAAAACGUGAUAAUAAUAGUGACUAAAGAGAUAAAAAUAAGUACUAGUAAGCAAGAAAUUUAUAACUUAAUGAAGAGGCUAUAAAAGAUGUUAAAAUUUAAGAAAUUAAUCAAGAUAAGGAAUAGAAUACAAAUGACUCAAAUGAAAGCCCUACAACUUAGCAAAUAUAAAGUCGUCCCUAUAAGCCUCGUAUGAGUAAAGAAAAUAUUAAAGUAGUUCAAGAAAAAUAAAUUAUACAGCAAAAAUCAUUAAAACAAUUUAAUUAAGUAGAUUUGAUUAAAGAAGAGUAAAAUAUUAAUUAAGUGUUAAAAUAACUUGAAGAAUAGCAAAAACAAACAUUAUAGAAAAAUAGUACAAUUAAUUAAAUGCAGAUUUAUAUUUCUGAGGUGUCAAAGCUAAAUAAAACUUAAAUCAAAAAUAAGAUUGAUUAAUUUGAAAAAUUUGGAUUUUAGGUUUUCUUAAAUUUCGUUGAAACUCUAUUUAGACUCACAUAAAUGGUUCAAGAUGUAUCACGUAAAGCAAAAUCAGUUAUGUCAGAUAAAUAACUAGAGCACUUUGGAGACAUCUUAUAAAAAUUUGUAUCUAAUUUUAGAAAGGGUGUUGCUAUUAAAAGAAAUACAAAUUUGAAUAGAAUUAGUUUUAUUGAAACAAACCCUGAACCAAAAGUAAUCAGAAAAGAAGAUGCUAAAAAAUUUAGUUUUAUGGAGCCUCUUGUUAAAAGAUUUGAAAGAGAAAAAAAUAAAUAAUCCAUUUUAGUUAAAGAGAAUCAUACUGAGGAGUAAUUAUCACCAACAACUCCAACAGCCUCUGGCCCUGGAUAUCUACCAACAAGUGUUAGUUAAUAAGAUAGAAAGAAAAAUAGAGUGGAAAAGUUCUUAGAUAAUUUUUCUUACGCUCCUUUAGACUACAUAGAAAUUGAGAGCACUUAUUUAUAAUUUUUUCCCUCCUAAAAUUAAAAUUGCAAAAUUUUUAUAGAAGCUAUAAAAAAUGAUAUGUAUUUGAGCUUUUUUGAGAGUUUAGACUCUAUUUUUGAGUAUUUAUCUAAUAUAUCUGAUGAAUAUGAAGACGAGGAGGAAGCUUCUAUACAAGCAAUUAAAAAAAUUUACAUUCUAAAAGAACAAUCUUAAAAGCAUCAUUGGAAAAAUAUUAAAGAGAUUUUCGAAUAAUAUCUUAAGUUUUAUACAACUUUGCAUGAAUAAAUAGAUAGCUUAAUAUCGAAUGCAAGUGCAAAUCUAAAAAGGGCAUUUAAAAACAAGCAUAUAAAAUAAGAUAAUAAAUUGUAAAAGAAAUACCAAGAAUUUGUUAUUGAUAAAUUAGAACAAUAUAAAAAUGAAAUUUAUCCUCUCUCAGAACCUAUAACAGAGAAUAAAAUGGUUAAUCUAAAGGAUUUGGAAGAAUCAGCUAAAGAGAAGGCAAACACUGAUGAUCUAAAAAAAAUAAUUUUCAAAUUAGCUAAUUCUGAUAAUAGUAAAAAGCCCAAAUAUGGAUCUAUAUAAGAAUCACCUUAGAAAAAGAAAAAUAACUCAGAUAAUCAAAAUGGGAAUGUAAAUUAGUAAAAUAGCAUAGAUGAUGAUGAAAUAAAUUUGCUAGAUUAAAAUACUAAGAAACAAUUAAAAUACUAAAACAUGAAUGAAGAAGAAUAUUUAGAUUUCGAAAGUAAAUAAGUAAAAAAUGAGGCAGAAGGCAGAGAUGAAAACUAGUUGACAUCCAUGAAAAAUCAAACAACUACAAAACUUCAUGAUUAAAGGGAUUUUUAUUAGCAUAAAGAAACUACUUCUUAUCACUAUUUGAAAUCAUUUGUAGAAAGUGAUAAAGUGAUUUGGAAAUUGAGAAAGCUUGAGAAUACCAAAGAUUUCAAAGAUAAAUUUACUGGAUUACAAAUGGAAGACUAUGUUCCUAAAAAUAACAAACCUAUUACUAGAGAUUAAUUUUACUUAUCUAAGCGCUCUAAUAAUUCUUAGCAAUAAUAAGGUGAUUAAAAUAAAUAAGCCAGUGUUGAUUGGAAAAAAAGUAGUCAUUCUUAAUUAAAAAGUUAAAGUUAGGCCUCUAUGGAUUCUAGGUUAAUCUUGAAAUAAUUUAAGCCAUAAUUUGAUAAGACAAAAUCAACUUUAUUAACACCACUAUCUAAGAAUUUUACUUCAGAUUAUUAUCAUUCUACAUCAAAUUCAGUAUCAUAGAGUACAAGCAUGCUAACUUCCAGAGAAAAAGCCAAUAAAGGGUAAUUUAACUCUGCAUUUAAGUAGUCUAGAGAUGGAUAAUAAGGUACAUUACUCCCAGUCAUAAACUAGAUUACAAUCAACAAUCCAAAUUCAACUACAAAUUUAAAAUUUCAAACAACAAGCGAUAUUUACAAACCUUAAUCUCCUUUAAAAAAUAAAAUUACCAGUAGAAAUUAUCUAGAUAAGGAUAAUAUCAAUAGCUAAACUAAUCAUUCUUUAAGCUAAAAUAAACUUUAGGUCUAUGAUAGAUAUAAUGAAGAUUAUGUUCCAAAAGUCAAAAAGUAAAAACAUACUAAAUUGAUGGAAGAUUUAAUGAAUUAAGAAAGGUUAUACCUUUAUAAAAAAUGA